AUUGUAUUCAUAUGUCUAACCAUUUAAUGAACACCUACGCACGCCAAGCGGUCACCUUUACUAAAGGAGAAGGCGUUUGGCUUUGGGAUACUAAUGGAGAAAAAUAUUUAGAUGCAUUAGCCGGCGUUGCAGUGAAUGGUUUGGGUCAUGCGCAUCCAAAGUUAGUAAAAGCCAUUAGCGAGCAAGUGGCUAGGCUAAUUCAUGUUUCUAAUAUUUACAAUAUUACUGAACAGUCCGACUUGGCCGAUAAGCUUUGUGAAAUUUCUGGCAUGGAUAAAGUAUUCUUCUGUAAUUCAGGCUGUGAAGCAAAUGAAGCGGCAAUUAAGUUAGCGCGGCUUUAUGGACAUAACAAGGGUAUUGAAACACCUGAAAUCAUCGUGAUGGAUAAAUCAUUUCACGGGCGCACCAUGGCCACCCUUUCUGCGACAGGAAAUCGAAAAGUGCAAGCAGGGUUUGAGCCGCUGGUGAGUGGUUUUGUGCGUGUGCCCUAUGAUGAUAUAGAAGCGGUUAAGCAAGUGGCUUCUCGUAAAAAUAACGUGGUGGCUAUUUUGGUAGAACCAGUGCAGGGCGAGGGCGGCAUUAAUAUACCAAAAGAUGCGAGCGGUUAUUUAGAAGCCUUGCGCGAAAUAUGCGAUGCGAACGGUUGGCUACUAAUGUUAGACGAGGUACAAACUGGCAUAGGCCGCACUGGCACUUGGUUUGCAUUUCAGCAUACAAAAAUCAAGCCCGAUGUGAUGAGCUUGGCAAAAGGUUUAGGCUCAGGCGUGCCAAUAGGUGCCUGUGUAGCCAGUGGCGCGGCAGCUGUGGUAUUUACUUAUGGUAAGCAUGGUUCCACAUUUGGCGGCAACCCAUUGGCAACAGCGGCUGGACUUGCAACACUCAACAUUAUUGAACAAGAAAAAUUACGCGAGAAUGCGGAAGAAAUUGGCAAUCUUAUUCGUACAGGCUUGUUAGCUACGUUUAGCGAAACUAAAGGUGUAGUGACCGUUCGUAAUGCGGGUUUAAUGAUAGGUAUUGAGCUGGAUAGACCUUGCGCAGAAUUGGUAAAAAUGGCAUUGGCUGAAAAGUUGCUAAUUAACGUGACUGCUGAAAAAGUGGUGCGGCUAUUACCACCAUUAAUAAUGAGUCAAGCCGAAGCGCAAGAGUUAUUUAAUGAUUUAACGCUUGAUGAGUUAGAGCAUGUUUUUGCGCGCACUAAAAUCAUCAAGCAGCAGUUUAAAGCUUAUCAGCAAUAUUGGCCUUUACAAGACCGUACAUUGGUGAUGAUUUUUGAAAAAGCCAGCACGCGUACUCGCCUUUCAUUUGAGGCGGGGAUGCACCAAUUGGGCGGUUCUGCAAUUUAUUUAAAUACCCGCGAUUCUCAACUUGGCCGUGGCGAACCCGUUGAAGACGCUGCGCAAGUAAUAUCGCGCAUGAGUGAUAUCGUGAUGAUUCGUACCUAUGAACAAGACAUUAUUGAGCGCUUUGCAGCUAAUUCACGCGUUCCAGUAAUUAAUGGCCUCACUAACGAAUAUCACCCAUGUCAAAUUUUGGCAGAUAUUUUUACUUAUAUUGAGCAUAAAGGCUCAAUUAAAGGUAAAACGGUGGCGUGGAUAGGUGAUAGCAACAACAUGUGCCAUACAUGGUUGCAAGCCGCAGAAUUGCUAGAUUUUAAUGUACACGUUUCAACGCCACCUGGCUAUGAGGUUGAGCCAGAGCGCGCUAACUUGUAUGGUCACGAUCAUUUUGAAACCUUUGCAGACCCCAUGGACGCUGCCAAAGGCGCCGACUUGGUGACGACGGAUGUGUGGACCAGCAUGGGUUUUGAAGCGGAAAAUGAAGAGCGCAUGCCCUAUUCUGGCGGUCUUGAUACUUCAGUGAUUUUGAAGUGGUUACAAGACGAAUACCAAUGUGAUAUCGUCACGUUUACCGCAGAUUUAGGGCAAGGCGAAGAGUUAGAGCCUGCACGUGCUAAGGCAAAAGCGGCUGGCAUCAAAGACAGUGAUAUUUAUAUUGAUGAUGUGCGUGAAGAAUUUGUACGUGACUUCGUGUUUCCGAUGUUCCGCGCCAAUACGGUUUAUGAAGGCGAGUAUUUACUAGGCACUUCAAUUGCACGCCCUUUAAUUGCGAAACGUUUAAUUGAAAUUGCGCGUGAAACCAAUGCUGAUGCUAUUUCACACGGUGCAACAGGUAAGGGUAACGACCAAGUGCGCUUUGAGUUGGGUGCUUAUGCACUUAACCCAAACAUUCAUAUUAUUGCCCCAUGGCGUGAGUGGGAUUUGCUCAGCCGUGAAAAACUCAUGGCUUAUGCUGAACAACAUGGUAUUUCUGUCGAUAUGAAGCAUAAACAAGGUGGUAGCCCAUACUCGAUGGAUGCCAACUUAUUACACAUCUCAUACGAAGGCCGCCACCUAGAAGAACCGGCGGCGGAAGCAGAAGAGUCCAUGUGGCGCUGGAGUGUUAGCCCUGAAAAAGCACCUGAUGCGGCUGAGUAUCUAGACAUUGAAUUCGUGAAUGGCGACCCUGUUAGCCUAAGUGGUGAAGCAAUGAAGCCGCAUGAGUUGUUGGCACAUUUGAACAAAAUUGGCGGCAAACACGCACACCGCGCGAUUGAAAGUAUCACCCUUGACCGCGAAGUGGCACACUUAAAAGACGACCUCAUGCCGCGUUACGCUAGCAUGAUUUAUAACGGCUACUGGUGGAGUCCAGAACGUAUUGCAUUGCAAACCUUAAUUGACCAUACACAAAAAUCAGUAAAUGGCUGGGUGCGCGUCAAAUUAUAUAAAGGCAAUGUGAUUGUAACGAGCCGUGAUAGUAAAACAGAUUCAUUAUUUGAUUCAUCCAUUGCCACUUUUGAAGAUGACAAAGGCGCUUAUGACCAAAAAGAUGCAGGCGGCUUUAUUAAAUUAAAUGCGUUGAGGAUGCGAAUUGCCGCGAAUUUAAAAAAUAAGAAA